AUGAUUUCCAUCCUUCAUAUCUUGCUCUUCCUAUCCUACUUAUUUCAUGGAAUCGAAAACGAGACGACUCCCAAAGAAGAGCUUCCUUCCACGACUGGAGACGCCACGGAUUUUUCGAACGAUGUCCACAGCGACACUACACUGGACAUAGAUGGGUCCUCGUCUCCUGCCUCAGAGACGACUCCUGAAGAAGAACAUCUGUCCACUACAAAAGACGCCACAGAUGUUCCGAGCGAUGUCCACAGCGACACGACACUGGACAUAGAUGGGUCCUCGUCUCUUGCCUCAGAGACGACUCCUGAAGAAGAACGUCUGUCCACUACAGAAGACGCCACGGAUGUUUCCAGCGAAGUUCACAGCGAAUUGACCCUGGAAAUAGGUAAACUGAAAGAUCGUUACCUCUUCUUCCCUCAUCUCUUCAAUCGACCCAUGCAAACCACACUACAUAUCUCAUACUUUGUUUGCCACAAGACAUAA